AUGGCUUCAAUGUCUGCUCAUGGGUCGGAUGGUGCAUGGAGUGCAAUGCAAAACAAGGCGUUUGAAAGGGCUUUGGCAGUGUAUGAUGAAGACACACCUCAGCGAUGGCUGAAUGUUGCAAAUGCCAUUGGUGGCAAAACUGAAGAGGAAGUCAAUAGGCACUACCAGCUUCUUGUGGAGGAUGUUAAGAAUAUUGAGUCUGGUGAAGUUUCUUUCCCCUCCAGAAGCCAAUAA